AUGAUUGGGAGGGGAUUGGAACACCUGAAUCACAUGAUAUGGAGGGGAUUGAACACCUGAAUCACAUGAUAUGGAGGGGAUUGGAACACCUGAAUCACAUGAUUGGGAGGGGAUUGGAGCACCGGAAUCACAUGAUAUGGAGGGGAUUGGAACACCUGAAUCACAUGAUAUGGAGGGGAUAGGAACACCUGAAUCACAUGAUAUGGAGGGGAUUGGAACACCUGAAUCACAUGAUAUGGAGGGGAUUGUAACACCUGAAUCACAUGAUAUGUAGGGGAUUGGAACACCUGAAUCACAUGAUAUGGAGGGGAUUGGAACACCUGAAUCACAUGAUUUGGAGGGGAUUGGAACACCUGAAAUCACAUGAUAUGGAGGGGAUUGGAACACCUGAAUCACAUGAUUGGGAGGGGAUUGGAACACCUGAAUCACAUGAUAUGGAGGGGAUUGGAACACCUGAAUCACAUGAUUGGGAGGGGAUUGGAAACACCUGAAUCACAUGAUAUGGAGGGGAUUGGAACACCUGAAUCACAUGAUAGGGAGGGGAUCGGAUCACCGGAAUCACAUGAUUGGGAGGGGAUUGGAACACCUGAAUCACAUGAUUUGGAA